CGACCUCUCCUCUCCCUUUCUCCGUCUCUGACAAUCGUCGGGAUUCCUGAUGUAAACUGUUCGCGAUAACUCGGAAGUCUCGGCUCGACGAGCAUAAUUCUCUUGCUGCCGCCAUGAAGCUCGGUCCCCUGAUACCGGGGUUCGCCCUCCUGCUGGCCACGACCCAGACGUCGGAAGCUAGGCCCAAGAACAUCAAGAACGUCAAUGAGAAGGGCGAGGAGUAUCAUGCUCAACCAGGGAAAUACUUUCACGAGUCAAGUUUCCACGUCCAUUACGACGGCCGAUUCGCGAGCCAUCCUAUCGUGGACCAAGAUGAGCAGAGGCAUGCCAUCAAAGUUCUGGUCCAGACAUACCUCGCAACAUUCCGAGAUCUGGGCAUUGAGACGUGGCUAAUGCACGGAACACUCCUCGGGUGGUGGUGGAACAAGCAGAUCCUACCAUGGGAUACGGAUGCGGACGUGAUGAUAUCGGAGCCAUCGAUUUACCGUCUUGCGGCCUAUUACAACAUGACCACGUACUACUUCGAAUACCCCGCCGUCCCCAAUGGGCGGACAUUUCAGCUCGAAGUCAACCCGCAUUACACUAUCCGAGAAGACAGCGAUAGGCUCAAUGUCGUGGACGCCAGGUGGAUUGACAUGGAGAAUGGUCUCUUCAUUGACAUUACGACAGCGAGCUACGACCUCGAUCACCCCGAGGGAGAGGGGGUAUUGGUCUGCAAGGAUGGCCACCAGUUCAGAGACACAUACCUUUUCCCCUUGUUAGAUACUACGUUCGAAGGCGUCGAGGUCAAAAUCCCGUUCAAAUACAAGGAGAUGCUCGAGUCCGAGUAUGGCGAAGAGGCCUUGACCAGGAAGAAAUUCCAUGGCCACGUAUUCGACGACAUCAAGAUGGAAUGGGCUCCCCUUCACGAAGAGAACUCUGAACUAUGACAUUGAAGGUAAAUAAUGUAACAUGAGUGUAGGAUAUAUCGUGAUAGACGGUACAGGGGGUGGGAGCAUCGUUCUCCGACUUCAGGCGGUGGUGAUGGCGUUAUCGACGGGGCAUUUCUCAAUUUGGGAUUGGGACGGGAGACUCUGGAAGUGCUUAUAAAGGGCCGGGAAGAUUAAAUAUGCUUCGAUGAUUAAACAUCGAGUUCUAAGACCUAUGCUUUAUAGAAUGGCACAGACGAGGUUAAGGUGAACCUUGAGUUUGAGUUGGG